GGGAGCCCAGGUACCCAUUCUUCCUGUGGACCCUGGCCUUCUAGGUGGGUGAUGUGCUCCAGCAGAACCUGGCCAAACUCCAGACAGUAUUCUUCCCCCUCGCCCUUCUCCAUCCUGGUCCCCCACUCACCAGAGGACUUGGGCCGCUUCUCCCACCUCGCCUGCCUCUACCUUAACUACUCCUUUCAUUUAAGCUCAGGGUUAACCAGAUGUUCUUAGAUAAGUGUACACCCCCCCCCCCCGAACCAGGAUCCUCACCUCCCACGCGUGUAGACAGGCACCCACACAUUCCCUUCCAAGAGAGCCCGCCAUGUGGCUGCCCGUGUGCCCACCAGCGUGCCACAAGGUAAGGGCGGCACUCGAGUGGUCCCUAGGAUGUAAGAUGAAAGUAUCAUUUAUGUGCGCACAGACACAAACUGAAACAUUUCUAGCACUGUUUAUUAACCCUUAUUCCCCUUUGUUUUUCAACCAGAAAAGCCCUUGUAUCAUCUUGUGUUUGGGAUCUGGGAAACCUGGCAAGGGUGUAGUUCAGGCAUCCAGCCAGAGGCCCCCAGAUGCCUCCCUGCCCCUGCCCCCACGCCCCAGCAGGCACUUCCUCAAGUGCCACUAUGCUGGUUCAAGUGGGACUUAUAUUUUGGUUCUUUGGGGUUUCUUCCAUCUUGUCCCGCCCCCUCAUUUCUGUUCCGUGUUUUGUUUGGUAACUUCCCCAGGCCAGGUCCGACUGUUUAGCUGGAGAAAUGGUUUUUGUCUGCACCUUCUAAAGAUUUAGCUCUGCCAUGGCCCUCUCCACACCUUCCUGAUGGGUGUUUCUCUAACUGGGUUGUAAUUAGAACUUGGAUCUACUAUUUAAUUUCUCUGGCCAUUUCCCACUCCCUCCCACAGUACUAGAAAUCUUAGUCUUAUACAAGAGUAAGAGGUGUGUACGAGCCCCCACUGUACUGUAUGCACGGAUCGCUUGGCCAAUAAUUAUGUCAGUGAAUCUGAGACUUGUAUUAAACACUUUAGACAUUUGUAGAAGGGAAUUCGUAGACUUUUCACUUAUAUACUAAAGGGGUUUUUUUUGUUUUUGUUUUUGGUUUUUUUUUUUUGUGCAGUUCUCAUUGCAAAAAUAAACAUUUGUACUGAAUAUAAAAUUACCAUCCUGUGACUGCCGCUUUUUGUUUGAGGGUAGAGCUGGGGGUAGGGGGAUGGUGAGAGUCAGUUUUGUGUAGCAGAGGAAGAAGGGAGAUCUCCAGACACUCCAUAGCCACGUAGCCAGAUUAGAGGACUUGGGAGGGAUACCGCGAUCAUCCAGUGGUUGGAAAACUGAUUUGAUGGAAAGUGUAAAUGAAACCAAAGCUAUGAUACAGGCUAAUCGUGCAAGAAAAGAAAGGUACUAAGUACAGGGAGAACAAACCUUGGUACAAUGCUGGUCGUGUAAUCAUAGCCAUCUGCCCGACGCUGAGAUAUACACUGUUUACUGAGGCGGAACCACAUAAACCACCAUUCCCCUUUACUAGGAACCCACAGACUUAAUUAUGGUCCCAGGACAGUGUAAUGUUUAGCAGCCGGAACAAUACAAAGGUAAGAUUAGCAAUGGGAGGUGACGAAAACAAUGGAGUGCUUAAAGGAAACCAAUAGGAACACUAAAAACGGGUAGGGCCUGUCCAAUGGUGAUGACAGUCCAUGCAAUACUUAAUGCCCCCAAUUGGUCAUCAGGAAAUAGCUACACGAGCGCGUUGCGAGAUACCUGGAUAACCACCAGAAGAAAGCUAAAAGCAUUCCGAUGGCCGCCUCCGGGCGGAAGGAGAGGUGGAGCCCGAGAUUGUUGCUUUUUUCUGUAAGUCCUGUUCAGCAAGCUGUGUAGCUUUAGGCAAAUGACUUAAUCCCCGAAUUUCGGGUUCGUGGUCUGUAAUACAGGGAUGUGAUAAUAGUACCUACACUUAAUGGGGGUGUUAUACGGGUUAAACGGUGAGUGACCCUGAAACGUUCAGGAUCUUCGGGGAAGGUUGCAAAACAGGAGGAGGAAGCUGGCCGGGUCGGGCCUCUCGCCCGACCUUGCCCCACUUCCUCUUUCAGACAGAGCUCCAGUGGCUCAACCGGUCCGGUCCUCCAGCUCCCGGGCCGGGCCUGCCUUCUAGAAGUCCAAGAGUCUCCCGGUCUUCAUUGGUCGGCACCGGCGGAGCCCCGGGCCUCAACACUCGCCGAUUGGCUGCCGGGCGAGACCUGUCGCCAGCACGUAAAUAACCACCGCCCUCCAAUCACAGCCGUGUAGGGGCGGGCCGACGACGGGCCCGCGGGACUAACGAGGCCCGCGCGGGGUCGAGGCCAUUGGACCCGCCGUUAGAACCAGGCCUGGGUGAGGGUGCUGCUAGGUCUCUCCCAGCCAGGCCAAGGACAGGGUCGCGCGCUCCAGGAAGGGGAGCUCUCGGAGGGCGGCGGCAGGGCCCCCCCGCCCCCAGGCCUCCUCGGCUUGCGGCGACCGCCCGCGACUCCCUCCUAAUCCCAGCCAAAGCACUACCUGUCCCCCUCCUUCCGCUUCCGGGCCCGCCCUCCCCGCCAUAUUAGGUUCCGGCCCCGCCGCCCCGUCUCAUUGGCCCGGACACAGGCCGAUCCCCAGCUUAUUGGCCCAGCCCUCGCACCCAAACCCUCCCGGCCAGCCUUAGGACCUUCUCCCGCCCAACUUCGGGCCCCGCCCCACCUGGGCUCCACCCUCUCCCCCGCCCACCCUUUAAGCCACGCCCCGGUGGCUUAAGCCAACGCCUCUAGGCCAAGUUGGGUCUAAGUUUCUGGCUCAUAGGCCGCACCUAACCUGCAUUGCUCCACCCCUUCGCUUCAGGCUCCGCCCAUUUCGCCCAGGUACCCCUCCGGCCCCCACGCUGGUACACAUAUCAGUCUCCCCCUACACUUCAGAUCCCUACCCACCGCGGGCGGGAGUCCUACUAGACCCCGCCCCUUAUUAAGCCCCGCCCAAGCCUGCCUAGGCCCCGCCCGCAAUUCGCAUCCCUUCUCCCCAAGGCUCCUCCCCAGGCACCGAAGCCCGGUCCUCACAGGCUCCAUCCCCUCACCCCUUCCUGUUCGCUGUCGCCGUCGCGCCCAGGUAUUUACCUGGUACUUAGGUGAGUCGUCUGCAGUGGCGGCUUCGGUCUAAGCCUCCCGCCUCUUCUCUCGGAGCGUUCCUCAAGCCUCGAAGGCACGGAGGGGCCCCGGACCAAAGGCGGUGGGCUCCCCAGCCCGGGUCCCGCCUCGGUGCGGCUGCCUGCGCCCCCCGCCCACACUCCCAAAGGCAGCGCCGAAGUCGUCCCGGGUCGCGGCGACAUGCCCGAGCUGGUGGUGACAGCGUUACUGGCGCCGUCGCGCCUCACUCUGAAGCUGCUGCGCGCCUUCAUGUGGAGCCUCGUGUUCUCUGCCGCGCUGGUGGCCGCCGCCGUCUAUGGCUGCAUCGCGUUCACACACGUGCUGUGCCGGCCCCGGCGCGGCUGCUGCGGGCGCCCCCGGAGCACCCCACCCGCCUGUCUGAGCGACCCCACCCUGGGCGAACACUGCUUCCUGACCCUGAAGAGCUCGGGCCUGCGCCUGCACUAUGUCUCCGCCGGACGUGGCAAUGGGCCCCUCAUGCUGUUUCUGCACGGCUUCCCAGAGAACUGGUUCUCCUGGCGCUACCAGCUUUGGGAGUUCCAGAGCCGCUUCCACGUGGUGGCUGUGGACCUACGGGGAUAUGGCUCCUCAAACGCCCCUCAGGAUGUAGACUGUUACACCAUGGACCUGCUGAUGAUGGACAUCCAGGAUGUCAUCCUGGGCCUGGGUGGGGAUACCCCCAUCCCAGGCCUGGCCUCCCUCACCCUGCCUCACCUCUCCCUGGCAUCUCACUUACACCUGUUCCUCUGCCCCUCCCCCCCCCCCCGCCACCGCCCAGGUUAUUCCAAGUGUAUCCUGGUAGCCCAUGACUGGGGUGCGCUCCUCGCCUGGAAUUUCUCCAUCUACUACCCAUCCCUGGUCGAGCGGAUGGUAAUUGUCAGCGCUGCCCCCAUGUCUGUGUACCAAGACUACUCUAUACGUCACAUCAGCCAGUUCUUCCGUUCCAACUACAUUUUCCUGUUCCAGCUUCCCUGGCUGCCUGAGAAAUUACUGUCCAUGUCUGACUUCCAGAUCCUGAAGACCACCCUCACACACCGCAAGAGAGGCAUCCCACACUUAACCCCCAAUGAGCUCGAGGCCUUCCUUUAUGACUUCUCACAGCCUGGUGGUCUCACUGGGCCCCUCAACUAUUACCGAAACCUCUUCAGGAACUUCCCCCUGGAGCCUCAGGAGCUGGCCACACCCACACUCCUGCUGUGGGGAGCGAAGGACACCUACUUCGAGCAGGGGCUGGUGGGAGCCAUCAGCAGUCGCUUUGUGCCGGGCCGGCUGGAGGCCCACAUCCUGCCGGGCGUGGGGCACUGGAUCCCACAGAGCAACCCCAGGGAGAUGCACGAGUACAUGUGGGCCUUCUUGCAAGACCUGCUGGACUAGCGGCCCUCGCUCGCUGGCCUGUGUGCACCUGGGAGGCCGCACGGCAUACGUACAAGGAUGGACUCCCGGAUCUUGCGUGGGCGCGGAACUCUAGGCUGCACAGAAGGGAGUCUGUGGGUGCCCUCAGGCACACCAGCCCAUAGGCUCACACACAGGUGUGCGUGUGUGGGUGUGGGUGGGUGAACAAGCACUUCAAUCCUUGAGAGCCAGGUACAGCUCUGUGGAGCUAGAUUCAGAGUGUCCUACCUCUCCCCUCCCCUGGGGCCUUACUCUUCUUGCCAAUGUCAGACCCCAGAGCAGCACCAACCACAGACUCUGACCUUCCUGUCCCUGGCUUUCCUCUGCAAUCCGAGUCUUCAGCUAAAUGCUGCUGUGUCCAGUAGGGUACCGGCAGCCACACCGGGCUACUUCAAUUUACGUGCAAAGUAAUGAGAAGAAAAUCAAUUAAAAAUUCAGUUCCUCAGUCACUCUGGCCAUACUUCAAGGGCUCAAUUGCCACAGCAGUAUAAAGCAUUCAAUUGGACAGUGCUGAGAAGGGUACUCCUAGAAUAGGGGUAUCCACACCUGGCUCCCGACCAGCUCCCCAAGGGAGGACUCUCAUGUGCAAGCAGCUGGGUGUCUAGACUCCUGAAUGUUCGGGCCCUGAGCAGCUCCCACAAUCUUCCCUCCAGUCUUGACUCCAGGCCUUUUAAGCUCAAGUUCUCUUGCUGUAGCCUGGGAAAGAUCCCUGGGGCCCCUAUCUCCCAUCCAUGGAAAAACAGCUCUAGGCUCCGGUAGGAUGGAUAUGUGAGAUUCUGGACUGGCCCAGGAAGGGACCAGCUCCCUGAAUGAUCAUCUGAGGUCUGAGGCCUGCCUCUCCAGCUCCUGGAAUUUCUCCAAAUGAACCACAGUUUCUGCUGAUUCUUUCUGGGGUCCUCUGGCUCCAGCCUCCAGAUGAGGGUGGUACAAGUAGAGGGUGAACCAUCCAGCCCCUGGCUGGUGACAGCACUUCUAUCUCCCCAGCCUUUGCCUGGCCUUGGGGGACAGUGUCAUGACCUGCUGCAUGAUGAAUCUCUCUGGGGCCCUGCAACCUCAGAAAAAAAAUUCUCUUAUUCCUGGGGUGGGCCAGCCUGCUAGUCAUCCCCCUCUGUCCUCUCUUGUCCCCAACAGAACAUCCUUCAACUCAUCAUGUGUGUCAGGCACUGAUCUAGGCCCUUGUGGAGUUAGCAGAGAACAGGCAUGGAGGGCUAUAUGAGUGUAUGAUGGCUCGGAAAAGGCUUCCCUAGCUGGGGGACGCACUUCGGUCGGAGGCAGAAAUAAGCUUAGGCUCCUGGGGUAACAAUGUGGGGACUAGCGGCUGCUCGGGCAGAGUGAGGGAGGAGAAGGAGAAGAGGCCACACAGUCAGACCGCCAGGGGCUGUGCGGAGUUUGGAUUCGAUUCCCAAGGGGAGCCAGGGGAGGGUUUUCAGCAGGGGAGGGACAUGGCUUGCAUUUUGAAAAGCUCCCUGUUGUGGCUGGACAGUCCCACGCGAGAGAGCGAGCGGGGAGACAGGCGGGGGGCUAUGCACAGCCUCAGCACGGGGCGGCCCGUUAGGCCCCACGGGAGCCGGGACCCCCAGCGCCCGACCCACCCCGGGAAGCCCCCCACCACCCCUGCCAGGGUAGGAGCAGUGUCCCCCUAGGGUCGAUGAGAUGGGCCGGAGGGGAAGGGGACCCCGCCAUCUCGGAGCCUGGGGCGAGGAGGCCUGCGGGCAGGACGAGGGCGGUGCGUCCAGGGGGCGGUGGGUCUGGCGACGGUUGCCAGGGUGACGGGGAAAGGGCUGAUGGUUGACCGGAACGGGUAGCGGUUGUCUGGGUGAUUGAAGGGGCCCAGG